UUCUAUAACGUUAGAAGCCUCAGGCUCUUUUCCGGACCUAAAGUUUGCCCACAUCUUCGUGGAGUUAACCCGAACAAUCUCAUCAUCGUUCAAGAAGAGAAAAAAGGAUUUUACCUUCAAUUGCAAAAGUAACUCCACAGAAACACUCUUCUCUCUCUGUAAAUUCUAGGGUUUUGGGGUUCAUUUUCCUCUGUUUUAUUCAGGGAGUAAGAAGAUUGAGCUUUAAAUGGAAGAUAAGGGGAGACAUGAAAUAGACUUGGCUUCAAGAAAAGCCGAAGAAGCAGCUCUGAGGAGAUUUCAAGCAAUCCAUUGGCUUGAAUAUUUAGAAGGGCCAUUAAGUGUAUCUAGCCAGGCAUCUGAGAGAGAGUUUCUUGCUUUCUUGAGAAAUGGAUUGAUACUCUGCAAUGUGAUGAACAAGGUCCAGCCCGGAUCGGUUCCUAAGGUUGUAGAUAAUCACUUGCCUUCCUCACAAUCAGUGAUUUGGGAUUCUCAACCGUUACCGGCUUAUCAGUAUUUUGAGAACAUCCGUAACUUUUUAGUAGCUGUGGAAAAUUUAAGAUUACCCACUUUUGAGGCUUCUGUUUUUGAUAAGGAAAAUAUAGAGGCAGGUUCAUCAGCAAAAGUAGUAGACUGCAUUUUGGCACUGAAAGCGUAUGAUGAAUGGAAGCAAAUGACAGGAGGCAAUGGAGUUUAUAGGCCUCCUAGAUCUCCACUCACGGCUAGUUCUGUCGGGAGGAUCAAUGGACGGAAUCCAGUUACUGUCAAUCCAGACAGCCGGAGGCGUUUGGACAUGUCAGAUGGUUGUUCCCUGAAAUCAGAAACUGGUGCCCAAAACCUUGAAAAUUUGAUUGUUAAGUCUUUGGCCGAACGAAUGGUUGAUGUGAAAGAAAACAUCAAUGUUGACAUUUUCCAUUCACAUCGUAGUGACAAUAUGAAUCCCACUGAAUUGUUGACAAGGAUUUUGUCCUGUUGCGUUGAGGACCAACAAGUCCAGUCCAAAUUUCCACAAGAUCAUUUGCAAUCAGUAUCAUCAAACUGUUCCAAUGAGACUAAAAAAUCACAGGUCCCCUCAACAUCUGGCCCAUUUCAAAAUUCAAUUAGCUCUGGAGAUCAAAAGGGCUGCAGAGCUUCUUCUGUAAAAGGAAAACGUAACCAGUUGAAUCGAAUCACACUGCAUGAAAAGGAGCUUUGGAACCUUAAGGUGUUAUUAUCAAAUGCCAAGAGGGAUCUUGAAGAUCUGCAGUGUCAGUUACAAAGUGAUCUGAAACUUCUCGGAGAUCAGGUACUGGUGAUGUCUACUGCUGCACUUGGAUAUCAAAAGGUGGUGAAAGAAAAUAGGAAUUUAUUUAACAUGGUUCAGGAUCUCAAAGGAAGUAUUCGAGUUUACUGCAGAAUUAGACCGGCUGAGGCAAAAAGUGUGAUAGAUUUUAUUGGAGAAGAUGGUUCUUUGGUGGUUGUUGAUCCACUGAAACCACAUAAAGACGGAAGGAAGAGGUUUCAGUUCAACCGCAUAUUUGGACCAACUGCUACUCAAGAAGAAGUUUUCACAGACACCAAGCCUCUUAUUAGAUCUGUGAUGGAUGGUUAUAAUGUCUGUAUUUUUGCCUAUGGUCAAACUGGUUCUGGGAAGACUUAUACAAUGUCUGGGCCUUCUAUUGGACCAAAAAAGGAAUUUGGAAUCAACCAGUUAGCACUGAAUGAUCUAUUCCAGCUCUCAUUUCAAAGGAGGGAUAUAAUGAAAUAUGACAUUUCGGUGCAAAUGGUGGAGAUAUAUAAUGAGCAAAUCCGCGAUCUUCUUGCUGAAGAUCUGUCAGCCACAGCAAAGUUAGAGGUUCGAACUUGCGUAAUUGACAGCGGAUUAGUCCUUCCGGAUGCCACUCUCCUCCCAGUGAAGUCCACUUCGGAUGUUCUUAAUCUGAUGCGGUUGGGCGAGGCCAACCGUGCUGUUUGCUCUACUGCCAUGAACAACCAAAGCAGCCGCUCACACAGUGUGCUGAGUGUGCAUGUGCAUGGGGAAGAUGAAUCCGGAAACAAACUUCAGAGUUGUCUCAAUUUAGUGGAUCUGGCAGGCAGCGAACGGGUUGAUAAGUCAGAAGUUACCGGAGACGGGCUGAAAGAAGCACAACAUAUCAACAAGUCUCUGUCUUGUUUGGGAGAUGUUAUUACGGCCUUGGCACAGAAAAGUUCUUUCGUCCCUUACAGAAACAGCAAGCUGACUUUACUGUUGCAGAGCUGUUUAGGUGGGAAUGCUAAAACGCUCAUGUUUGCUCACGUGAGUCCAGAAGAGGGUUAUUUUGGGGAAACUUUGAGUACACUGAAGUUUGCUCAGAGGGCCUCAACUGUUGAGCUUGGUGCAGCUCGUUCAAAUAAAGAAAGCAGUGAGGUUUUGGAGCUCAAAGCACAGGUUGAGAGCUUGAAAAAGGCAUUAGCCAGCAGAGGAGGAGCUUCUUCUCAAAUGGUGAAACCAAACGAAGCGGCAUGCAGGACUCCUCCUAGUCAGAAACCAAAGACGGCGUUGGGGUAUGAGUUAACGACUCCUCCUCCACAAACCACCACUGGCAGGCGGAGGAGGUUGAGCGUUGAAAACUGCACAGCAGCAGCCGACAAAGCAGCCACACCACUGCCGCAGCCUUCUCUUUCUGUUAAUAAUACUAAACCAGGCCCCAGAUCACGAAGGCUGAGUCUAGAAGGCCACGUUCUUCCUCUUCCCAUUUCUGCUCAAAGUGCUAUGGAAUCCGUUUUGAGGCGCCAAAUGGAAAAAACGGGAGCAAUCAGAACACCUGAACCGGUGGCAGCUCCAACGCCGACAAAUGGAAAGGGUUCUCAGAUAAGAAGAUCGCUUCGAACCAUAGGAAAGCUGAUUAAUGGAUCUGAUAAAAGGAACCAAAAGGAGGAAGCAGCUAAGUCACCAGUUGCUGCUGCUGCAGUAUCUAAUGGAAGAACACUAAGGAGGCAAUCACUAACAGGCAUCUUACCACCGGAGAAUUCCAGGAGAUCUUCAAUUGGCUGGAAAUAACCCCCACCACUACUUUUUUGUUGUCUUCUUGGCAGCCAACUCACUUGCAUUGUUACAUAGGUAUUGGGAGAAAAGUUCAAAAAACGUUAAGAGCAAAAAAUAAACAAAAAAAUCCUAACCUUGCAAACACUGUUUUGCAAUCCUAACAGGAAUCUUCUUGAUUUACAUGGCUGCUGAGUUUGAUGGCACCUCAUUUUUUUGUCAUAUCAAUUUUGUUACUCAGGUUUCCUACUUAACGGGUACUCUGAAUAUUAUUUGAUUAUAUCAGCUUAAUUGCUCAAUAAAAAAUUAAUGGCCUA